AUGGAGAAGCUUGACUUGGAGAGGACGCUACUGAAGAUGGCGCUUCUCAAUGAGGAGCUGGAGGCUAAUGGGAAGCUGGAGGAUUAUGAGGAGUCUGCAGUGGAGACUGAUGGGGAGGAGUCUGAGGAGGAGGAGGUUGAGUUUAUUGUUGGUGGUACUGAGAGUGACGCGGUGGACGAGGAGGAUUAUGAAGAGGCUGAGUAUUGA